AUAAUAGGGGUCCUAGAUAUAGACCUUAAUAGUCUAUGUCUUGAGUCGGCCUGCUUUCCGUUUCUUUGUAUGGACAGCCAUCAAUAAUAGAACUUAUCCUUUCGAUGAAGAGACUGACUGAGACGGCUUUAUAUCCUUCGAUCUGUAAUAUGUACAUAGUUCCUUCACUUCGUCUUCGUGUCCAUUUUCAGAUGCAAUUACCAAACCAGAACGGACUUGUUAUUUUUCUGAUGAAGUAAGUGUUUACAAUAGCGUAACAGUUUGGAAUAAUAUAAUGUUUAUUUUUUUAAAAAAAUACAACCCGUUUUGUUAAUAAUAAUUUCCAUUUAUCUCAUCUCAAAUUUAAAAACCCCUUUGAAUUUCUAGUUAGUUUAUCGAGGGCGACAGCCACUCGAGGUGAGUCGGUCGACUGUUAGUUGGCCGUCCGCCAAACUGACGGCGUCAAACAAAUCCGUGUCCUGUAAAUAGACGGCGCUUGGAAGCCAAGGUUAUUAUUCUAGUUGAGCCAACUUUCACCCGAUCAUCUGAAUUUGGGUGGAAUCUUCUUUUUAUUAUAAUUGUUAUUAUUAUUUUCCAUUUUUGCUCCUCAAAAUUCCAACUCAUCCCAUGUCGCUCUCGUCCUCUUCAUCCGCGCUGGAGUUACUCUCACGUUACCAGUUAUGAUACGAUGUCUGGCUUCGUGGGUCCCGGAGAUUAUAGCCAAUGACGAGUCGGGUGCACGCAGAAACAAGUUUGGCCAGUACUUAACUUGGGUGGCGGGGCGACCGUUUUGCCAUUCGCGACUCGGUGGAGACUUUUGUAUCGGAAAGGUCGACGGUGACACGGUGGAGAGACGAGGUCCGAUCAACGAUCUCGUCUUCUCCCUUUGCUUUGCUCGUCUUCACGCGCUUCUUCUGAUCGAGAUCGAGUAUAAGUUCGGUGGCUCUUCUUCUCUUUAUACUCCGCCAUUUGGUUCCACUUCGAUCUCUCGGCGAGCGACGAGAGAGAGUGGAUUGGCGUCGAUUGAUGUAUAUAUUGCGUGUUUUUGUUGAGUAAAAAAGGCAGGAAAUAAUUAUACAACUUCAUUCCAACUGAGAUCAUUGCUCCUCGAUUACGAUACCCUUCGCCGGUGAACCAACUCAAAGAAUAAGAGAUGUGGAACGAGAUGAAACUGAGAUCAAAGCCAGAUCAAGCAGACGUGGAUUUCUUUCAAUCUUCACCAAAGAAGGACUGGUCGUUCGGCCGACUGGUUAGUCUCGUCUCAUUCCUCGUCGUCUUCAUGUCCGGCAUCGUCUUGGGCUUAUCUGGGAGCGCACACUACACUCGGUACUUUGCCUCGCGGACCGAGCUAUUCUUCCCGACCACCAUCUAUUCGACGGAAUGCUACAAAGAUUCCACAGAUUUCAAGACCUUCGCCCAGCCGACCAACUUGGCACAUACCAUGUCCGACGACGAGCUCCUUUGGAGGGCGUCGUUGGUGCCAAAGAUGGAGGAAUAUCCUUUCCAAAGAGUGCCCAAGGUGGCAUUCAUGUUCAUGACGAGGGGGCCUCUGCCUUUUGCCCCUCUCUGGGAAAGGUUCUUCAAAGACCACAAGGGCUUGUUCUCAAUCUACGUGCACACCCUUCCAGAUUACAGGCUCAAUGUACCAGAGACCUCCGUUUUCUUCGGCAGACAAAUUCCCAGCAAGGAGGCAUCAUGGGGAUCCAUCACAUUAAUAGAUGGCGAGAAGCGCCUGUUGGCCAAUGCUUUAUUGGACUUCUCCAACGAGCGCUUUGUGCUGCUCUCCGAGAGUUGCAUUCCAGUGCACAACUUCCCUACUGUAUAUGAAUACCUCAUCAAUUCAGCCCACAGCUUCGUUGAGUCCUACGACGAGAACACCCGGCAGGGCCGCGGGCGAUACAGCCGGCACAUGGCACCCAAGAUCAUGCUGUAUCAGUGGCGGAAAGGCUCUCAGUGGUUCGAGCUCAACCGUGAGCUAGCGGUGAGCAUAGUUGCGGACUACAAGUACUACUCCCUCUUCAGAAGGCACUGCAAGCCUUCCUGCUACCCAGAUGAACACUACAUUCCGACUUACAUGAACAUGUUCCAUGGAUCAUUGACAGCGAACCGGAGCGUGACAUGGGUCGACUGGUCCAGGGGCGGCCCUCAUCCGGCACGAUACGGCGCACCAAAUAUCACAGUGGAGUUUAUUCAGGCCAUAAGAAACAAUGGGACCUUCUGCAUGCACAACUCAGUACCAACCAACAUUUGCUUUCUCUUUGCAAGGAAGUUUGCUCCUAGUGCAUUGCCUCCUUUGCUCAACCUUACUCAAGCAGUAAUGGGAUUUUGAUUCAUUCACUUCAUUGCUUCACAAAGUCGUCUAUGAUCUAUCCAUAUAUUCAUUCAUUUGUUUAGAUAUAAAUUAUGUGAAUAACAACAAUGAUUCACUUCAUAGUUUAUAUUCUAGUUGUUAGAUUAGACUGUAGCAGUGGUUGAUGCUGGAGUUGGAAUAUGAACUCAUCUAAUCAUACAAUUGAUUUUUUUUCUUCUUCCUACCAAA